AUGCAUCCUUUUUUUACCCUCGACGCGCGCGUUUUUGGCCCCUUCCACGUCCCCUUCCACUUGCUCCGGUCUUACCUCGACCCCGUCCUCGACCCCGUCCUCGACCCCGUCCUCGACCCCGUCCUCGACCCCGUCCUCGACCCCGUCCUCGACCCCGUCUCGACCCCGUCCUCGUCCUCGUCCUUAUCCUCGUCCUUAUCCUCGUCUUCCUUCCUAUAA